AUGACGCAACGAUGGCACGGUCACGGCCACAGCCACGGAGUUUUCGAGGAAGAGGAAGAGACGGAAGAAGAGCGAGCGCUGAAGCUGAAACUGUCAGCGGAGGACGUGAAGGCUGCGGAUCGCAUCACGUGGGUCGGUGUAUGGCUCAAUGUGGUGCUCAGUGGGCUGAAAGGAGUCGCUGGGGUGGCGUUCCACUCGUCGGGGCUCUUAGCUGACGCUGCACACUCGAUAAGUGACCUUGUGAGCGACUUUGUGACGCUCGUAGCGCUAAAAUAUUGCGCCAGACCGGCGGACACAUCGCAGCCGUACGGGUAUGGCAAGUAUGAGACGAUGGGGGCACUGUCGGUGUCACUAUUGCUAGUUGGAGGAUCGCUGGGCAUCAUGGUACACUCGUUGGACACUUUGCUAGUGCUGAUGGAGCCUGCGACUGUCGUCUCAGCGUUGGACCCGAAGGAAGUGGUCGAGUUGGUGGAACAUUUGGAUCCUCAAGCCCUUGAAGCUGUGGAAACGCUAGCUAAGGCGACACACGGUCAUGGACAUGGCAUGGUCAUGCACCCCGCUGCAUUGGGCAUCGCAGCGUUGUCGGUAGCUGCGAAGGAGGCGUUGUUUCGUACUACAAUGAACAUCGGACGACGUGUGCACUCCAGUGUGCUGAUUGCUAACGCCUGGCAUCAUCGAAGUGACGCCGUGACGAGUGUUGUGGCCAUGGGUGGCAUUGGACUGAGUCUCGCGGGUUUUCCGUUAUUUGACCCACUCGCGGGUAUUGCGGUGGGUGGAAUCAUCUUGAAAAUGGGCGCAGAGAUCGGCUGGGACUCCGUUAAGGAGCUGUGCGACACCAAGUUGCCCGAUACGACCAUCAAAAGUCUGGAGAAAGCUGCGGACAGUGUGGUCGGCACGAGUAACGGUGGAGUGCUGCAAGUUCGUCAAUUGCGCUGUCGCAAGGUGGGGCGAUAUAUCCACGUGGAUCUCACUUUAGUGGUCGACGACGCAUCUGGUGUGCACCACGCUGUCGAGUGGAAGCAGAAGGUGAAGAAUGCCAUUAAGCAUCAGGUGCCGCGUGUAAAAGAUAUCGUCGUGGAAAUCGCCACACCUGAGCAAUUAGCUGCUAGUGCGGCUGCUGAAGCAAAGGAGGCCCACGACCAUAACUACCUGUAA